AUGGACAAGCAAAUGGUCUCCACGUUCAUGGAGAUCACGGCCUGCGAGUCGCAGGCUUACGCCGUGCAGCACCUCGGCUCGUGCCGCUGGAACCUGGACGAAGCAAUCAAUCUCUACUUCAACUCCGGCGACGGCGGCGGCGCCGGCCCUUCGGCCGUGUCCGCCCCGGUCCCGCCCGAGGAGGAGGUGGCGAUGAAGGAGGACGACGACAGCUACGACGCUGGCUUCGGCGGCGACGACGGCGUGCGCGCUCCUAUCCCCUCGUGCGUUGAAGCAUUGUACGAGGACGAUGCGUACUACGGCAACCACGACGCCCCCUACAUCGGGUUCGGGGAGGAGCCGUAUCCGCCGCCGGUGCCGUCGUUUCAUGCGCAAGCACUAAGUGAGAUAGAAGCGACCGGGUGGGGAGUCGCGGCGAAACCCGGCGAGAUAGCAGCGACCGGGUGGGAAGAAGCGGAAACCGGCGAUGGCGGACACGUCGGAGCGGAAGACGUCGACAGCGGCGAGUUCCACGACGAUGCGGAGCAAGAAGAUAGCAGCAGCAGCAGCGAAGAGGACAGCAACCUAGACGACAACAUGAGCUACAGUGACAACGAGGUCGACGACUACGGGUUCGAGAUGGACGAAGACGACUCGUCGUACUACGCCUCUAUAGAGGAAGACGGCACGGAGGAUGCCGGGGAGCAACCACGGCCGGCGCAGCCGCAGCAGCAGCAGGACUCGCUGCACGCGCUGUACCAGCCUCCGGUGGACCUGAUGUUCGUCGGAUCCUUCCACGACGCCAAGGUACGCGCGACGAGGGAGGACCGGUUCCUGCUGGUCAACCUGCAGACGCUCAUCGGCGCCGGCCACUUCCAGUCGAUGCUGCACAACCGGGACUUGUGGUCGGACGAGCAGGUCAAGAAUGCGGUGAAAGAAAGCUUCAUGCUCUUCCUGGUCCAGAAGAGUAGCACGAGUAGCUUCCAUUACUUAGACCAGUGCUCGAAGGUGUGUUCGUUCUACAGGCUCGAGGACGACCAACUGCCCGCCGUGCUGAUCCUGGACCCGAUCACGGGGCAGUUGCUGAACAAGUGGAGCGGCCCCAUGACACCCGACGAGUUCAUGGAGUACGUUGAUGCAUACACGAAAGAGAAGCCGAGCACGAUGUCCGUGCCCAAGUUCGUCAAGAGGACAUCCGCGCCUGCGGUUGCAGCUGGCGAGCAAGAACCGGCAUCUUCAUCUGCAUCGGCCGCUGCAGCCGUCGAACAAGAACCGGCGGCGACUGAGAACUCUAAACCUGAAAUUCCUAAGAACGCUGCCCCUGCCGGUGCCAGCUGCAGCGAGCAGGAGCCUGUACCGGCGCCCGAGGCUGAGCCACCCGCCGAGAUGGUCGAUGACGACGAGCCCAUGGAAGGCGAGAAGAUGUACAAGCUGAGGAUACGGUUCCCCGACGGCAGCAUGGUCCCCAAGGAGUUCGGCUGCAGGCGGAGGGUCGCGUCGCUCUUCGCGUUCUGCAGGUCGGCCGUGCGUGGCGGAGGGGAGGCGGCGGCGGAGCAGGCGGCGUUCCAGAUCAUGAGGUUCGCCGGCCGCGGCUUUGAGGCGGUGCAGGCUGGCGGCGCGACGUUCGAGGAUCUGGGCCUCAACUGCGCGACCGUGUCGGUUGUUUUCGAGCCGUAG